CGAGCACAAUUAAGUAAUUAGCGUCAAACGCUAUUGAAAAUCAUAGUGAAAUGUUGUGCGCUGUGAAACGUUUAACGGUAAUUACAAGUAUAUUAGCGUACUUACUUGUAAACACGGCCGCUUUUUCGGAAAUGUGGCCAGGAAGUCUUACAACAACAAUGCCUCUUCAUUUAUCGGAAAUAGUCAAAAAUUUGCUCAAUAAUAUUGAGAGAGACGGCGAUUGGAAUGAGAACGUCGAUUCGGCUUUGUUGUUUGUUGAAUUUUUGGUAAAACAAAAAGUGUUACAACAAAAGUCUUCAGUUUUGGACACGGCGAUUGGCAGUUUAUAUUUGGAAAUUCUUGAAAAAAUUAGCUCAAUACGUAUGAAAGUGAUUCAAAGCUUUGGUGCGCACAAUUUACAAGCUGUCUUCCAACAUAAUCUAAUAAUAAUGGGUUUCACGUUGCGACGGCAUCAAAUCGAUAAAAACUUGGAAUUCAAAACAAUGGCGCAAAAUUAUUCAACACUGCUUGGAACAGGAUUUCCGAAUGAUACAUUCGCAGGUCUGUGCUUGAUGCAUUCACAAGGUCUGGAACUAUGUGAACGAUUGCGACGUACUUGUCUGCCCGUGAUUAAAAUCAGCACACCAACAUAUGGUUUUCGGCGUACACAUCAAGCUUUACAGUUAUUCUUUCUUAUGCACCAUAAUUGUGCACAUUUUUAUGGCACGCGACUUUCCUUCGAAAUUCUGGCCACCGAGCAUUGCUCGCAGGUGUAUCGUGAACAUCAGUUAAUCGCCAUGCUUGACAGCAAAGAAUGGCAGGAAUUGUAUAUAGAACAGAGUGCCAUUUGCGGACUUUUUGGUUUUGCGGAGUUUCUUAACGUCGAAGAAUUGACAAAAAUUAUAGACUGGGAAAGUGCUGCCACUUGCGGUUGCAUUAAAUCACAUUUGAUCAGGGAAAUACAGAGAAACUGCCGUUGCACGGACCACAAGCACGUCGUUUUGUUAGUGCAGUUCGUCAAUGCUAUGCUUUUUUUGAUUUAA